CUGAAGCGCAAAACCGUCACGGUCUACGUACGUUUGCAAACACGAGGAGGCACGACGUUUUGUAAAUACUCAUACGUUAUUCGUAACAAAUCUAGCCAUCCCUUUUCACGUUGUGUGUUGACCAGAGGAGCCUGGGUAGAGUGUGGUCUAAGGAAUGGAAAUCUGCAGUAUCAAUAGCAAGCCUAAUCGAUAAUCGACUUCUCGUUGACAAGUGGGAUGUGAACCUGUGCCAAUUACUUUCAGUGGGUGUAUUUAUGACGAGAAACAACAUUUGCGGCAAGAUACGGGUAAAUAGUUGAAAACGAUUAUACGAAGGAAGAGUGGUGUAAUUUUCACUAACUAUAUUCGCAGUUAAACGGUAAAACGACGCGAUAGUUACAGCGUAAUUUUCCAAUUAUUCGAUCAUCUUCCAAUCUCGUUAUUGGAACCGCCAGUACAGGAUACGAGGCCUCUUAGCUACUGACGAAGACUGUGGUGUUAUUUACUGCGGGACAAUCGACUUCAGCGCAGGAGGGAACCGCUCAAUAAUUCCUGCCGUCGGAUUUGAAUUAUUUCCUUAUCCUAUGAUAAACAGGCGUGAAGCGUUGCUACAUUACGCGUACGGCUUACUGCACGUACAAGACGGGUGCGGGUAUUUGUUCGGAUAGUCGGGUAUUUGAACAGAUAUACUGCUUGUCCCCUCUGAUAAAGUGGACCUGUCCGUCAUCCAUCAGUAGAGGAAUUCGCCUGGUGUUUCCAUGGUGCUGUUGGUUCUAUGACAGAUCUAUUGUCACAUGUGACCAAAUCAGAAAGGCUGAAGAAAAGUGGUAGGAUUAGUUAAUUGCUUGCUGAUGAAGAGGAAUAAUCCUUGUGUGACAGAAAGGGAGUAAUUCGUUGAAAUCCAAAACUGUUUGAAAUUCCAAUCCCUUCUUUCCGGAGUGGAACGGUACUCGUUGAAUCCCCAAAGGGAUUUGGUUGUCGAUUUGUUUGGUGAAGACCGUUGAGUUUAUCCUAACGACUUCUUUCAAGUCUUGGACGACUUGAAGCAAUGUCAACGUCUCUGUGGAAAGUGUGUGUGUAGAUGUUGACGAUGAUCAGUGAUGAGGGGGCCAGCGUUUGAUGUCAGGAAUCCACCAUGAACAACCAUGAUUACAAAAUUAGGGAGGCAGACCCUAAAACGGACAAUGCCGGACGAACCAGCGCCACUUCCAGUGGGAUCGGAAGUGGGACUUCGAGCAAGGGGUCAGAGUCGGGGUCCGACACGGCGUCCCUCAGUUCAGGGGGGGUCUACCAACAGACGACUUCCGGUAGUUCUGAUCGUCUGCUCGGGUUGUGUAACAGAGGCGAAUGGAUGAUACUGGAACAGUCGUUAAGAAAUAUGGACAAGGCCAACCCACAGCUGUUGGCUACGGAUGAGGAAACCGGUGUCACCCCUCUUAUGGUUGCUGUACGAGAGAACAAGCUUGUAAUUGCUGAACGUCUCCUUGACCUAGGAGUCAACGUCAACGCUAAGGCCAAGGAUGGUCGCACGGCGCUUCACUACGCUGCCUCUUACGCCAAGGACGACAUCAUCAAACUGCUGCUCAACCGGAAGUCCGACCCAAGCAUGCCGGGAGGGCCGACUGACCAACUGCCCAUCCACAUGGCGUGUGCGCGGUCAUCCGGGGCGGUCCACGCGGUCCAGCUUCUCCUCAGGGCGUCCGGUAAAGAUGGUCGUCUUUCCCAGGACAAGGAUGGGUCCAUCCCCUUGUUUCUGGCGGCCGAGGUGGGGAACGUUGCAGUGUGUCGGGAGUUGCUGUUACUGUCCACGGAACAACAGGUUCUUCACAAAAGAAAGGACAGUGGAGAUGCGGCCAUCCACAUCGCAGCACGACGCCGGGACAUUGACCUGGUCAAACUCCUCCUGGACAGCAAAACUCCCGUCGAAUAUCAAAACACUGAAGGUCACACGGCACUCCACCUAGCGGCCUGGGAAGGAGACGAGCCAUUGGUGAAGUUCCUCUACAACAUGAAGGCCAAUCCAAACACGCCCGACAACUUCGACAGGACCCCGCUUCACAUCGCGGCUGAGAGGGGCAACUCGCACAUCGUGGAGCUCCUGGUGGACAAGUUCAAGUCCUCUGUGUCCGCGAGGACAAAGGACGGCAGUACUCUGAUGCACAUCGCCUCACAGUUCGGACACCCAGACACAGCCCUUGCCUUCCUCAAGAAGGGCGUGCCUCUACAGAUGCCAAACAAGUCGGGCGCCAUCUGCCUCCACGCGGCGGCCAUGAAGGGACACACAGCCGUGGUGAAGGCCUUGCUGCAGAAAGGCGCGCCGGUUGACACCAAAACCAAGGACGGAUCCACGGCUCUCCACGUGGCGGUGGAACACUGCAAGCCACAGGUGGUCCAGACGUUGCUAGGAUACGGUGCGCAGGUGGAGCUGAAGGGAGGAGAGGUGUUCGAGACCCCCCUGCACAUCGCGGCCAGGACGGUGGAGGGGGAGAAGUGUGGCGAGAUGCUGCUCAGGUCGGGGGCCAAUGUCAACGCCACAAGAGAGAACGGUGAGACCGCCCUCCACAUAGCUGCACGAUACGGCCACAUCAAGAUGGUGACGUCACUCCUGGAUGAGGGCUCAGACCCGCUACAACACUCCAAGGCGGGGGAAACUGCCCUCCAUGUGGCGGUGCGCUACUGUCACCUGUCCGUGGCGGCCGAGAUCCUCCGUUUCGUCUGUCAGGAGAAGUCCCGGAUUGACGCCGUCAUGAUGGUCAACCAGCAAAACUUUGAGGGGGAGACGCCGGUACACUACGCUGCCGAGUUGACGAAGAACAUGGCGCACGACGAGUUCGAGGACUCCGACAUGAUGAAGCUGAUGCUGGAGUUUGAUGGCGACACCAAUCUGCAGACCAAACUGACCCACGAGACCGGACUUCACUACUGUGCCCGCGCCGGAAAUGAGGACGUCAUGCUAGAGAUCGUGAAACACAUCGAAGCCAGCAGUUUGCAGGUCGCCGUCAACAAACAAGCCAAGAACUCCAUGUCUCCGCUGUUGGUAGCCAGUGAGCAGGGUCACCUGGAAAUAGUCAAGAUCCUGUUGAAGAACCACGCCAGGGUGGACGUGUUCGAUGAGCACGGCAAGGCAGCGCUCCAUCUGGCCGGAGAGAACGGCCAUGAUCAGGUUGCCGAUGUUCUGUUGUGGCACAAAGCCUUCGUCAACGCCAAGUCCAAGCAGGGCUUCACGCCACUCCAUCUGGCGGCACAGAACGGCUACAACAAGUUGGUGAAACUCCUCAUUGAGACACACAACGCCACCAUUGACGCUCUCUCUCUGGCCAAGAAGACGCCUCUUCACAUGGCGGCUCAGAGCGGUCAGAUGGAGGUGUGCAGCACCCUCCUCAAGAUAAAGGCGGACCCCAACGCUACAGACGAGCGAGGACAAACACCGCUCCAUCUGGCGGCUGAAAGUGACCACUCGGACGUUGUGAAACUCUUCCUCAAGUACCGCCCAGAACUGGUUACUAUGGCCAACACUGAUGAAAACGGCAUGACGUGUGCCCACAUUGCUGCGGCCAAGGGUAGCGUUGCCGUAGUGAAGGAGCUGAUGCGCUUCAAUAAACACAUCGUGACCACGGCCAGGAACAGGACCAACGACUCCCAGGCUCUACAUCUGGCGGCUGCGGGGGGUCACAAGGCGGUGGUGCAGGCCCUGCUGGAGGCGGGCGCAUCCCCCACAGACGAGAACGGGGAUGGGAUGACGGCCAUACACCUGGCGGCCAAACAUGGCCAUGUCCCCGUACUUGAUGUUCUCAAGGGCAGGGUGUCGUUCAAGACCACAAGCAAGAAAACUGGUCUGAUGGCGCUUCACGUUGCUGCCCACUUUGGCCAGAUCGACUUUGUCCGAGAGAUGCUCACCAAGGUGCCAGCAACGGUCAAGAGUGAACCCCCGAAUGGCGAAGGUGGAAUCAAAGACUCAGAGCUGGCCAUGAAAUGGUUGAACUUUUUGUCAACCAGUUGUGAGUACGGCUUGACCCCUCUCCAUCUGGCGUCCCAGUCCGGACACGAGGGGGUGGUGCGACUGCUCCUCAAUUGCCCGGGGGUGCAGGUGGACACGCCCACGAACAUACAGGGCUCCAUCCCACUGCAUAUGGCGGCCCAGAGUGGUCACUCCUCCGUGGUCAGCCUCCUGCUCAGCAAGUCCACCACCCAACUCCACAUCAAGGACAAGAGAGGGCGCACCGCGCUCCACCUGGCGGCGGCUAACGGACACUAUGAGAUGGUCGCCCUCCUCUUGGGACAGGGGGCGGAUAUCAAUGCCUGUGAUAAGAACGCCUGGACAGCCCUGCACUUCUCCGCCAAGUCCGGUUACAACAACGUGGUUAUGCUGCUCAUGGAGUCGGGGGGGUCCCCAAUGAACGAGACAAAGGACGGGAAGGUCCCCGUCUGCUACGCCGCUGCCGCCAACCACAGCGACGUCCUCAGCUACUUGAUGAAACAAGACCACAAUACGAGGGCCCUCAUGGACGACAAGAAGUUUGUGUUCGACUUGAUGGUGUGUGGCAAGCUGAUCAACAACGUGUGUAUACAAGAGUUCAUCCUGCUCUCGCCCGCGCCCGUUGACACUGCUGCAAAAAUGUCAAAAAACUUCCGCCUACUGGCAAUCAAGGAAAAAGAAAGAUCCCGUGAUUUGUUAGCAGCGGGUAGUUAUUGUGAAACCAUGGCAACAGACCUCCUUGCUGUUGCCGCCAGUUCCAACAGUGCCGAGCAUCUGCUGAAAUCAGUUGACUCUCACGGCGUCCCCUUCCUGGAUGUGCUCAUUGAGAACGAACAGAAGGAAGUGGUGUCCCAUCCGUCGGUUCAGAAAUAUCUCUCAGACGUGUGGAUGGGCAACUUACAAUGGGCGACCUGGAAAAUCAUCAUGCUGUUCUUCACGUUUCUCUUCAUCCCGUUAAUCUGGUUCAUCUUCUGCAUGCCGCUGAAGCACCGCUUCAACAAGGUACCCAUCAUCAAGUUCAUGGCGUACCUCGUGUCUCACUUCUACUUGAUGAUUCUAUUCUGCCUGACAACAGUUGCCCCCCUUGUUCCCAUCUACAAAUCAGGCUCUCUCAUCCCACACUGGUACGAGUGGUUAUUGCUGGCCUGGCUGAGCGGGCUUCUGGUGUCCGAACUGACCAACCCAGGAGACCGUGCAGGGCUCGGUUGGAUCCGGGUCUUUGUCAUAGCAAUAUGUGCAAUAGGAAUUUUUUGUCAUCUCAUCGCGAUUGCCUUUUCAACCGAAGACCGGUUUGUUUGUAUAUAUUUGCGGAACAACUUUUUCGCAUGGGCAUUGUUAUUGUCGUUUGUACAACUGUUAGACUUUUUAUCCUUUCACCAUCUGUUUGGGCCUUGGGCAAUCAUCAUUCGAGAUCUGAUGAAGGAUCUGACUCGCUUCCUCGUCAUCCUCCUCAUCUUCAUGAUCGGAUUCACGCUCCAUCUAGCAGCCUUGUAUCAGCCGGUGUACGCGCCGCCGGAACUCGACCCAUCCUUAGGAGACGGCGACGGGAGCGCCGGGGCGGUGGUACAGACUCCUCUCGACACCUUCGAGUACCUGUUCUUCGCCCUAUUCGGUUUGGUGGAGCCGGACAGUUUGCCUCCAAUUCAUAGAAGUCCGUUCUGGGUGACGACGUUGGUGAAGAUUGUGUUCGGGACGUACAUGAUGGUGACGUUGAUCGUGCUCAUCAAUCUUCUCAUUGCUAUGAUGUCGGAUACGUAUCAGCGGAUUCAGCAGCAGUCGGACACGGAGUGGAAGUUCGGACGGGCGAAGCUGAUUAGGAACAUGAACAAGACGUCGGCCACGCCAGCGCCCUGGAACCUCCUGACCAAGCUGGUCACAUACAUCAAGGUGGCAGCGAAGCAUGGAAGUAAGAUGUGCAGCUCCCGGGCGUCCGAGUUCAUCAACGAGGAAGAAGACAUGGACGCCAACGCUGACGCCCGCUCCGUUGACCUCAUGGCCCAGUCCUCCGCCAACUGGCUCCGGAACAUCGCCCGCCGGAACACGCAGGUUGCCCCCGAAGGUGGGUUUCUGCGUGCUGGAGGCGGCAGCCAUGGCCCGCAAGGGAUUGAGGACGUGGUCAACUGGGAGAUGGUUGUACAGAAAUACCUCUCGAUGCAGGGCCUCGCCAACAACCUCGACAUGGGCAAGGGAGAUGACAAAGGGGACGACUAUAGCCCUGGUCGGAAUAAAACCACCUCUAACAAUGAGAAGAAGGAAAAGAACGGCAUAUCAAAAUAAUUGCAAAGCAUGGCGGGGAUGUUUUUGACAUUCUUUUUGUGGCGAAAAGACGUUUUAUCGCAAUUAUGAGUGAAUUACGCACCAGAUUUUUACAUAUUAUGCAACAAAUACGACUACACAUAGUUUUAGAUGUAUUUGUACAUAUGCAAUUUAAUCAAAUUGCAACUUAUCGUAAUGAUCUAGUUAUAUUUUUCAAACGUAAUGCUUUUUAAGAACUAUAUGCAACCAUGCAAUUUGACAAUAAUUUGUUUCUGUUAGGGCCCGUAUAGACUGAUUCUGUUUGACAUAUGGUCUCAAGUGUAUGGUGGUUCUGUUUGACAUAUGGUCUCAAGUGUAUAGUGGUUCUGUUUUACAUAUGUUCUCAAGUGGAUGGAACCAAGUUCAAACCGCAUACAGCCUCGUUUAUCCGGACGAAUCGGUUUUUAGGUGUCUAGACUGGAUAAACGGUCCUGACUAACGGUAGAUGUAAACUGUGGUCACGUCUGUACGAAGAGGUUAUAUUCUUGGUUUAUUAUUUCAGAAAUUGAGACGUUUGUGAAAUAUCAUGUUACUUUCUCCGUCUUGAUGCUAUGCGAUGAUAAUUUCAGCAUACCAAUCUAGAAUUUACCUUCAUGAUGGUCUCAGUGUGGGUUUACCGAAACUCGAGCCCUGGCGAUAUAGAUCCUGGUUCGAUUCCCCACAUGAGUAGAAUGUAUGAAGACAAUUUCGGGUGUACCCGCCGUGCCAGUCCGUGACCAGCUCGUGUUAUUCCGCAGGUUACGGAAAGGGGCGAGUGGUGACGAAUGCGCCGUGCUAAUACUGGAAAAUUGAUAUAUAGGGCAUAAUACUACACUCACUCACUCACUCACUCACUCACUCUUGCCUUUCACUACUGUCUAAGUAUUGAACAUUUCAAAACACGACAGCUUGUCACGCUGAUAGGUCGGAUUCUAUUCCCCCAUAGUUAGAAUGGAUGAACCCGGUGUCCCCCACCGUGAUAAUGCUGGUUAAAACGUCGUAAAACCAUAUUCACUCACUCACUAGUUUCACUGGCUACUAUUUCAGCAAUGGAUAUUUUUAAUAUUUAAUCUGGUGUUGUUGAGAUCGAUGGUGCAGAUAAAUAUUCCCUGAACCCACGAAGAUGUCAAUACAAGUGUUCAUCUCCCCAUUCACUAUAUUUAACUAUUGUACAUAUUUAGGGAAGAUCCGGGGUAGAAUAGGUCUUCAGCAACCCAUCCAAUUGCGUGGAUCGAUGCUCAUGAUGACACUCACUGGAUUGUCUGGUCCAGACUCGAUUAUUUACAGAUCACCGUCAUAUAGCUGGAAUAUUGCUGAGUGCGGCGUUAAACAACAAACCAACCAACCAACAUAUGUAGCAUACGGUGUAGCAUACAAUUCCCUACAGCCUGCACGAACACCUGUCCAUCGUGUCUCGUUAUGUUAUGCUGCAAUGUUAACUUUGUCUUUGAUAAUGAAAAUUUUAUGCAUUCAUUGAUACAUGAUUGAUUCAGUGUAUAUAGUGUCUGUAAAUAACCAAUGACUGUGAUAUUAUUGUAUAGAUAUGUAUAGAUAUAUGAUAAUGAUAUAUGUCUAUUUAGAUCCUACAUUUAGAGUUCGGAACUCGCAUCCAGGAAGUUUGUCCAUUACCGAACAGAAUCAUUCCGGAGAAAACCGUUACAACUGACCAAACGAAUAUUGAGAUGAUGACGACACUAUAUAUUGUCCAUAUUUCGUUCCGGAUUGAAAACUGAUUCCGAAAACACAACCCUUUACUUUAUCAAAGAGAUUGUUCAUUGACAAUGAAUGCAUUCGUGUCCGAACCAAGACAAUUAAUCAGUUUUUCAUGAUUUAUGUAAUCUACAAUGUUGAUGUGUUUCACAUUAUAAGACUAUGACAAUCCUUCAUAAUACUCUUGUAGAAAUGCUGUGUUUGCAGAAAGUCGACGUCCUCGUUUACUGAAGAGAGUUAUCCCAAGCUGAAAUUUGGUCUACUGUCUAAUCUCUUUUGAAGUACGGUUAAUCCGAAAAUGUGGGUUACCAGGCAUUCGAUUUACGUUAACGAGGCAUUGCUUCAUCUUACCUCUUGUUGAUAUACCAUCAUUCUAGAUCCGGCGUAGAAUAGGUCUUCAGCAACCCAUGCUUGUCAUAAAAGGCGACUAAGCUUGUCGCAAAAGGCGACUAACGCGAUCGGUUGGUCAGGCUCGCUGACUUGGUUGAUG